AUGGAUCGCUCCACGAAACCAAGCUUCAACUUUGUGAACCUCACACACCCCGACGAUCUCAAAAAUGAAGAAACGCAACUGCGCAUUCGACGUCUAGCUAUGACUGAGGUCGGUAAAGCGAGAAGAAAACCCAAAACGAAGAGGGCGCGCAAUGAAAUCGUCCUUGAGUUUCGCAAUCCGUCCGAGAGUCGCGUCGAUGUUGACCGGUUUGGUGGCGGUCAGCUUGAUCCCUUUAACCCCUACCCCAUCGAACUUGACGACUCUUGUCGAGCGCUACUAGCGAACAUCUUUAGUACCGAAGAUAGCAAUCAUCCUAGCCAGCUCCGUGGCUCCUGGUACCCCGUUGGACUCAGCGAUGCGGCAGCUUUUAACAACAUGCUUUCCAACUCACAAAACUUCUUGUUCCAGAGGCGCAACGGAUAUUACCCUUCACAAGAUGAUGCCAUAGCAUUGAAAUAUCACAACAAGGCGCUUCGCCACACCACCCAGAUGAUGAACGACCCGGCGAAGCGCACGAGUGAUGAAGCUAUAGGUGCUGUGGUUUCUUUCAUGAUCCACUUUGUAAGUCGCCCGUUUGAGGUCAAUGGCGGCAAGGCUGAUGAUCUUCAGGCUUUAUUGGGGAACUUUACCAGUAGUGAUUGGCAGAAACAUAGUAACGCACUAGUGAGAAUAGUGGGACUAAGGGGCGGAUUCGAUACCAUUGAGAAAGAGCACUUACGAGUUACGAUCAGCUGGUCAGCAUCUGCGGGUGAGCCCAAGGCUUGA